AUAAACGACACUUUUGGCUGUGAAAAGCCACAACAAGCAGCGUGCAAUAUUAAAGAAAAAUAACAAAUAAAAAAAGAUAAAAAAAAUGCUGCACUGAGAGAGCUCUGAAAGAGAUUCAAAUUGGCGCAGAAAAACUAGAACAAGUGCCGGAACAUCUCGCAAUAGCUGGUAGGAAAGAAAAAAAAAUAGAAACAAGGGAAAAAACUGCGCCAAUCAAGUGGCACAAAAUCGAUGAUGAUGCCGCCGCCAUUGCUGGGCUUAGCGGCAUUCUGGAUGUUGUCGUUGUUGUUGUUUUUGUCAUCAGCAUACGCAUUCAAAAAUGUCGAAGCGUAAAAAAGUCAAAAGGAGCAGAAAUCGAUCAACGUGUCAACGGCAACACUGGAACGUGACAACGAGGACAACGAGGACGACAACGCCAACGACGACAAGAAGCAGAGACUCUGAAAAAAAGGCAACUAAAGGAGGUGCAUGAAGAGCCCUUGGCCAGACUUCGAGUGUUUCUUCAAAGGAUAAUGCAAAUAGUUGUAAACAAGAGGCAACACUUUGAGCAGCAAGCAUCGCACACGAAACGCACCCAACAUGGCGGAUGCGGAGCUCAACGAUAGCGAUGGUGGAGGAGCGGCUGCAGGUAGCACUGGAGCUGCAGCUGGAGUGGGAGCUGAGGGAAGCACGCCUGAGCGCAGUCAUGAGGCGAGCCGAGAAUCGGCCGAAUCCUUACAACUGCUGACCAAACUAGACAAGGCUGUGUCCACAAACGACAUACUGCUGGACCUGCAGCGAGCUUUGACCUACGAUGCUGUCUUCACCACGCUCAUCGAGAAUAAGAUGCAGGUGCUGAAGCGGGAAUACGAGGAGCACAAGCGAUCCAAACGGAAGAAACGAAAGUCCAUAGGACGUAUUUUUCUGCCCCGCAAAUUUUUUGGCUCCCGCAAGCCCGGCGGAAGCGGAAUUGGAAACGGAGCUGAAGCAGCCAGCUCGGACAAGGACACGUUCUACCACGCGGCGAUGGAGACGCCAGAGCCGUUGACAAGUGCCAGCCAAAGUCAACGCGACGCAAAGACUGCCCAGGGACUGCCACGCUGCGAUGACAUCGAAGUAGCUUCCGGUUCGAUAGCCAGCCAGCUCUCGCAGAGAAUCAAAACAAAUGCGAGGACGGUGCUGCCUCAAACGCCGGUGGCGGCCAACGCUGAUGACAGCGUGGCCAGCACACUAAGUAAUUCGUCAGGUCGCAAUGAUCAGACCUCGCAUGCCAGACAUAGCCUGCUGGUCCGCGCCCAGACACACAUGCCAGCUGAGCUGGUGAGCACGUCGGACGAGUCCAAGGAACUGACAAUGGCUCCCUCUGAAAUGCGAAAUUCCACGGCGGCGACAAAUGGCGAGCUGCCAGCCUCUUCCUAUGACAAUACCUCGUUGGGCAGUGGAGCGGACAACGGAACCGCUACGGUUAUCACAAGAGGCUUGCACACUUCCACCAUGGCCGAUGACAGUCUGACCUCUCUGCGUGGUAGCAUUGAGAGUCUAUCCUACUCCAGCUCCCGGUGCACGGUCAGCUUCGGCGGCACCGAAGUUAUUCCCGACGAUGCCGACUCGAUGGUCGUCGAGCGCGAACGUGCACACCUCGCCAGGCGUCUGCGCAUACUGGAAGCGAAGUCCAUUAGUGCACAGUGCAGCCCCAUCUUUCCCAGGCAUGUGGCGCGAUCGCUGCCACCACCCAUGCCACAACAGGCGCGCCUGCACGUUGUCAAUGUUCCAUCCAGUCUGGCGAAGGCUCAUGUGGCACUCGACAUCGAGCCACUGCCUGCGCCGGAGACAGCCUUGCCCACAGCUGCCGCAACUGCCACAGCUCCCGAGGUGUUGCUGCUGCCUCAACGUAAGCGCCUGCUGCCAAAACAAAUCUCCUGCACGGACAGUGGUGUCGACUUCGACGCUGCGGCUGCCUACUCCCGAUAUUUCUCGCGACAAAACACAUCCGAGGACAGCGCCAACGUAACGGUGAGCACAGUCCUGGCCCAGAGCGAUUCGCAGUCUCUGCAUGCACCACCCAGCUAUGCAAACACGCCUUCGCCCACAGCAGCCCAAGGGGUGCUGGGUGGCAGCGAUCGCAUCAAGUCAAAGAGCACUGGCCUGCUCCCAGCUCCUGAGCUGGUACCUCCCCAAGCGACGCAAGCUUCGGUUAUUAUUCCUAUAGAGGACGAGCCAGUAGCGCUCCCCACAACGCAGCUAAGCAAAUUGAAUCGAAUGACCUCCACCUCAACGGGCUCGAGUGUUGCCGCCACUGGAUGCUGCACUGCAGCCAAGUCCGUCACUUCGCGCGUCAAGGAGAGGCAUGGCACGAAGCCAUCAGUGCCUUCGAUGGCAGCACAGAGUGCGGGCAGCGAUGAUGAUUAUCGGAGACGUAAGCGUAAGUACAAGCGUUAUCAUCGCUGCUCGGAUCCUGCGGUCGUCUAUCCUAUGCCCAAUGCUUUGCAGCACUAUGUGCUCGGCAUGACGCCCGAUGAGCCCGUACAGUGUCCCUAUGUCGACGAUUCGCAAUACGACUUGCAACUGGACAUGGACGCUGAUAAAAUCGACGACCUCGAGCAUAUAGUCCCCAGUGGUCAUCAGCGACAUCGUCGCAAGCAUCGGCAUCGCCACAAAAAGCGCCAUCGUCAUAAAAAACCCAAAAUAUUAGUACAGGAUUUGGACACCCAAGUAGUCAAGGUCAUUGAUCCGCACGAUCUGUCGAAACGUGCACGCUGGACCAUCAUAGCCACUGCCUGUCUGCUGUUGCUCAUGUGCCUAAUGCUGGUGGGCGUGACGUUGCGCAUGGCGCCCAUAAUUGACGAUAUGGUGCGUCAAGAAAACGAAAGGAUUAUUCGCGAGAAUUUAGAAAGAACGCGCAUGAUCAAAAACAUGACCGAACACACGGCGCUCCUGGGCCAGCAGAGGCAGCAGCAGCAACAGCAACAACAACAGCAGCAGCAACAACAACACUAUCAGCAUCCUCAACUGCAGCAACUACAGCGAGGAGCCGGCCAGGAGGAACAGCUGCAGCAACUGCAGAUUCCAUAACAGAAGCUGAAUAUUUAUGAGCGUGACAAGCGUUGGCGUUCAUCUGACAACUACAACUGAGCCACCGAAGGAGCGUUCCAGCUGGCCAGCAGGACAAGUUUGUCAUAAACAACAAGCACAGCUUCGGCUUCUCUUCUAGUCCCAGCUCCUGUUCCAACUUAGACUAAUGUUCCAGGUUCAGUUACAACUAUGAGUCUUCUAUAUAUGUAUGGGCAACAAGUACCGCAAAAGCUAUACCAGAUAUGAAUAAAUAAAACGCGUGCAUGCUAAAAAUGGCGCAACCCACCCAUCCACACGCAUAUAGACACGGACACACCUGCAUAGUAGUUUGUGAAUUGCGGUUGAAAAAUAGCCUGCGUCUGAUACAAUCCCUGGUGUGUUUAUUUGCCUCCUAGUGCUACUUCAUCCUCAUUUCUUUAAAAAUGUCAUAAUUCAUUUUCCUCUUUGCUCGCAAAUAUAUUUUAUAUUUUUAACGGCAAUUCCUGUGAAGGAAACAAAGGGAAAAUACAUAUAAUAGACGCAGCCCCAAAGCUAUACGCACAAAUCAUUUUUUUAGCCAAUAACAGGCGCCAUAUCUCGAGGCUAGUACGACAGCUGGCCAACCCACAGAUGGGAAAACAAUUUGACGAAAAACGAAUGUUCGUAAGCACAAGCAGCAAUGGAAAAUCUUAGCCUAAGCAUAACGGGUUUGUUUUGUAUGUAUUGCUAUAACAAAAACAACAACAAUACUUAGUCUAAAAAAUAUUUUGCAUUAAGAAACAAAUCAAAAGUGAUCCAGUUUAGUUGUAAGCAAGAGUCUACAGUUAAGUUCGAUUGAUACCAGGUAUGUCUACAUAGCAUUUGAAAUGUAUGUACUAAGUAUAUCCACUGUUACGGCCAUGUUACGAGUAGGAAGCCAACUCCUUAAGUUAAGUAUAUAGCCCCGCGUUCAAAAAAUAAGAACCAAAAGCAUCGUGGUAGACAAAGGUUUCGCAUAUGGGUGUUUCAAGCCUGGUUAUUUGCUUGUUAACUAGUUUGAGAAUUUAAUAGCAAUAUUUGAAGAAGGCACUCUAAAAUCCAAUUCUACUAUAAUUUCCAUAAUAUUAUUAUUUCAAAAAUAAUUUUGUUGCUUCCUUAAAUAUUCAGCUACAUGGGUGAAAACCUCUUUACGUUUUUUUUAUCUACAAGUAUAACAGCAGAUAAGGAACCUUGCACACAUUUUUGCUAGGUUUACAGGUUUAAAACAUUCAAAAAGACAGAGAAACUUCAAGAUUCCAACACAUCAGUAAUUUAAAGAUGGUAUUAUGAGAACUAAUCCAUUUAUUUUUUUAAGCGAA